UAUUCACAGUUUGUCAGAAAAGGAGGGUAGUUUAGUAAAUUCAGAAAUUACCCCAGCGUUAAAACCCGAAAAAGAAGUCGUCGGAUUCCUUUAAAGGAGAUCAGUUUAGGGCUCGAAAUUUGCUCGCGAGAAAAUUGCAGCGAUGGUGUGCGAGAAGUGCGAAAAGAAGCUAUCGAAAGUAAUUGUUCCCGAUAAGUGGAAGGAAGGAGCCAGCAACACUACAGAAGCCGGUGGCCGUAAAAUCAACGAGAACAAACUUCUCUCUAAGAAAAAGAGAUGGACACCUUAUGGAAAUACCAAGUGCAUCAUUUGCAAGCAGCAAGUGCACCAAGAUGCCAAGUACUGUCAUACUUGUGCUUACAGCAAAGGGGUAUGUGCAAUGUGCGGUAAACAGGUACUUGACACCAAGGUUUACAAACAAAGUAAUGUGUAGCAUAUAACGAUGCUGGCUGGCGCAGACUCCGUGAUUUGAUUCUAUAAACUCAUCAAUCGUUGCUGUGGCUAUGAUAUGAUGUAAAAAUUCAUCAACAAAUGAUGUCAUAUAAGAAAUUGCACUUGUAAUAUUCUGUUUUAUCAGUUAGUCUUGCCGAGUUGCGCUUUCCAAUUCUAAAUUCUGUACUAAUUGUUGCUUGAAUUGGUUAUCUAUUUCAGAUAAUGGUUUCUUUUGUCAAA